AAAUGAAAUCAGAUCAACUGUGAGCAUCCUUCCGAGAAGCAACCCGGGACGCUCCAUCCCACUGGCAGGAUUUCUGUGUUGAAUUGAUUCUCGACUUUCAACAUUUUCUGCAACAACCACUGGUCCGUCACUGACACCAUGAAGGAAAGGAGAAACAACCAGCCGCUGGUGGUGAGGUGCAAACUGGUGCUCGUGGGAGACGUACAAUGCGGAAAAACGGCGAUGUUGCAAGUCCUGGCGAAGGAUUGUUAUCCAGAGACCUACGUGCCCACGGUGUUUGAGAACUACACCGCCUGCCUGGAGCUGGAGGAGCAGCGAGUUGAACUCAGUCUGUGGGACACCUCAGGUUCUCCGUACUAUGAUAACGUACGGCCCCUGUGCUACAGUGACUCGGAUGCCGUCUUGCUGUGUUUCGACAUGAGCCGUCCUGACACCGUGGACAGCAGUUUGAAGAAGUGGAAAACUGAGAUCCUUGACUUCUGUCCGAGCACACGGAUCCUGCUCAUUGGCUGUAAGACCGACCUGCGCACAGAUGUGUGCACGCUGAUGGAGCUGUCCAAUCAGAAACAGACUCCCAUUACCUAUGAGCAGGGAUCUGCUAUGGCCAAGCAGCUGGGUGCGGAAGUCUACCUGGAGUGCUCGGCGUUCACCUCGGAGAAAAGCAUCCACAGCGUGUUCCGCACCGCAGCGAUGGCCUGCAUCAACAAGCUGCAGGCCCUCCCCAAGCCCAGCCCCACCCGCCGCCUCUCCAAAAGACUCCUCCACCUGCCCAGCAAGUCGGAUUUGCUCUCCUCCACCUUCAAGAAGGAGAAGUCCAAGAGCUGCUCGGUCAUGUGAGUGAAGACCUGCUGGGUUACGGUCCUCACAUGCAGCCCCCAGCCCCUGCCUCUUUGGUCUCGGGGAAGGGGGGGUGGGCACGAUGGUUUUAUCAGGGUUUCCUGCUGAAUCCUUCCCUCACCCCCCCAGACACCAAACACCCCUCAGAAGAAGUGGACACCUUGCUGUCCACUUGCUCCUGAACCUUUUAGCGCACAUCCAUCCGUUUUUCCCACUAUUGUUUCUCUUGCUUUCGGAGAAACAGUAUCAGUCAACAAUUUUUCAUCAAGCUAUAAUUGUUUUCACCUGUAAACAAUAUGCAACUACAACGGUGUUACAUCUGUAUGAUUUGAAUAUCCCCAGGCACAUAUUGCUUUUGUCCAAAUUGGAAAUGUGCAACGUGUGACGUUUAAUCUUGUGAUGUAAAUGCCUCUCAGACAAUUCAAUGGAUAUUUUUCUAAGUACCAAAAUAAAUCUCGCAUGAAGCCGUCAGGAAUUAGCAGCAUCCUGUACAUCCCUCUCAGUAAGGUGUGUGUGUGAGAGGAGUGAAAUAGCGUGUUGCCGGUUGUCCCCGUUGAGGACUGUGAAAGCUCAGAGAGGUGAAGGGAGUUGUGGGGGCAAAGCACAAGGAGAGCUGUUCCACAGUGAGCCGCCCCGCGGGUGUCGUCUCUCUGAGGGGACGAGAGCAGGGGGGAGCGCCGUGAGCGCAGGCCGCUGUGCGGACCGCAGUCUAGAGACCAUUUCAACCUGCAUGGAUUGUUGAUGCAUGGUUGUGCAGCUCUGGCUAGCGCCGCUACGCAGGCUUUUAGUGCUGAAGAGGCUCUGUGUAUACAACACGACUGCAGAAACGGGGGGCAGCGCAUUCGCAAAAAAAGUGUUCAGUCGAGCUUUGGGUGUUUCUGCUGCGUAGUGUCUCUGCUGUCACAGCUGAAGUUUAUUUUGAAAUUCUGUUUGGAUAAUAGGACAGAAACAAUGAUGAGAAAAGGAGCUUUUAUGUCAAAAUGAUGAAGUUGCGUGAUAUUAAUUAAGCUGUGGCAGGUUAACGUGUUAUGAGGCAUUUUUAAAAGCAUGAUGAUAACACUAACACAGUCAGGCUGACUGCGAAUGGGAAAACAUCUGGUGUGACGUUUCAAAUAUUUUCCCAAAAAGAUUUGUAGCAUUGCAACAGUUUUUCAACGAUUGACAAAUGUAUGCAGUUUUGAAAAAGGCCUUUCAUAUCCCAGAAGUCAAUGAGAUUUUUCACCACUGUACUACGUCUGUGGAUUUCUCUCGUUUGCAACAAUCCGAUGUAGCACUCCCAACCUGACUCUACUCCAAGAUGACUAGCUUUGUGUGGUAAACUCUAGUUAAUCCAUUGACCUUAGAUACGCAGCACUUACUGUAGGUUACAAUGACUACUAAGCAAAAAUUGUGCCCUUUUUAGUGUUUACAGCUUCAUGGUUAUGUGUGUGCAGCAUUGAUCUCUUUGCUUCUAACCAUAAAGCGCUACAGAUUUAAGUCUGUGAUUCAAGAUAAUCCGUUUGGCAAUAAAUAUGCAGCUUUGUAGUUACUUUCAUUCCAUUGUGCUCCGUGGACAUCCAUGUUAUAGACUAAAACCCUCUCUGCUGUAAAAAGAGGCUGCAGCUCUCUGUCAGUCACUCACAGAGAUGUUAGAAUAGGCUAUCAAUUUUACCAAAUAAUAAUAAAAAAGCAUUGAAGGAGCAGGACUUAAACUUGAGUGAGUUAACAAUAUAUACUUCUAAAAUGAUAAAUCUAUACAUCAUCUUGGGCUCAAAGGGCUAGUUUGUGAAGGUGAAAAAGAGAUAAUGGGAGGUAAACAAGUAAUCAAAAUGCACAGGCUGGCCCUGUCCAAAGAAAGCUAUUUUUCCAUUCUUUUUUCAUUUGGUUAUUGUGUCUUUUGUUUUAAAUUGGGGGUAUUUAAAGACAUGAUGUGAGUGUUGUUUGUGGAAAUAUCUCUCAGAGAUGGUUGUUGCAUUUUCAUGGGGCUGUGGACUGUCCCCUGUAGGAGGAGGAACAUAAAGGGGUGAUUUGCACAAAGGCUUCCAGUUCAUGUUCAAACUCCAAAUUCCUUAGCAUUGCCUAGCAACAAUUCAGCAUAGACUGGCUAAUAGGUUGGUCGUGUGGACAGAGAGGGUUGACAUCCCCACGUCCAUUAUUGCAGCGUCCGUUAUGCAUUUAAUGCCAGGCUUGUUAAAAAAAAAAAAAAAAAAAAACAUUUCUUGAUAUUUUUCCUUGGGUUAGGGAGUUGAUGCCGGGCCUUCUGAAGAUGGUUAAGGUGGGCGGUAAUAUGCAGCCUUUGUGUUUUAGUCAGUGUGUGGUACAAUGGUGCAGUCAAACUCCUAAGCAUGUCCUAUUAAAGUUGUAUGAUUGUACAUAUUGUCUGUUGUUUUAUAAUUAUUGUAAGACAUCUUCAAGAAUGUCAAAUUAAAAUUGUUGUUGAUGUGAAAAUUUAAUUGGUAGCAAUUUUUUGCCUUUUUUAUUGACAUGUACAUUUGUUUCAAAUCUAUUUUGGAAAUUUGACUUUUUUUUCCUUUUUUUGAUUUUUUGUUGCUGUGUUAAAUAAAGCUUGCCU